AUGGUUGAUCUUAAUCCUGUCCUCGAGAACCUAAAACAACGAGACAUCCAACAAGUUCCCCUUAAACUCAUCUAUGCCGACAACGAUUUUGCCGUCUUUGACAAAGGCUCUUCAGAAUUCUACGUAGGUGAUCCUAACUUAUGGACCAGAAAUAACGAUGUGGUAAGAGAAAUGAAGAUAAAUGCAAAGAAUGGAAUAACGGGAACUCACCAGUGUAAAAAUGAAGUAAACGAUUAUUCAAAAAUGUAG